AGGCAGCAGCUAAGGAGAGGGGCCGGCCUCAGGAAGGCAACAGGGAGGGGAUAAGCCUCCAUCCCCAACCCCCUCCGGACACGGAGCAGGGGAGGAGAGCCAGUAUCCCCCACCCCUGCGAAGGGCGGAGGAGCGUGUCCCGCGCCGGGCAGCCUUCUGCAGAGCGAACGCAUCUCCGGAGCAGUGCUGAGAAUGCGGGUCCACAAGGGCUCGCACGCAGGGCUCCUGCUGCCAUGGGGCUGGGUGGCUGUCUGCCUGACGAGUCUGCUGCAUCUAAACAACUUGGUCUCUGUUGCCACGGAAACUUCUAGCCUUGGAAUAUCUCCAUCAAUUCCUACAAAUGAGUCCAAUGAGGAAAAUAUCACAGCUAACAUCCGUGGAAGUACCAGCUCCUACUUUGUCCCUCAGGACAGAAAUGAGACCACACCAACCAUGUCAGAGACUACGGUCACCUUUACAACUACAUCUGGGAUUCCUCCAGGCUCUGGAACUUCACAAACUUUUGUGCUACCACAGACAUCCCCAACUGUCACACUGCCCACCACUUCAGACAAUGUUUCCACUUCAGAGGUGACCCGGAAGUCCAGUGUGCCAUCUGUAAAUGUUUCUGAUUACCCACCUAAUAAUAUUAGCUCUGAGAUGACAUCACCCACUGAGCCAAAUGCAUACACAUCAUCUUUUGCCCCAAGUGUCAUCAAGGGAGAAAUCAAAUGUUCAGGAAUACGAGAAGUGAGGUUGACCCAUGGCAUCUGCCUGGAACUAAGUGAAGCAUCUAGCUGUGAGGAGUUUAAGAAGGAAAGGGGAGAAGGUCUAAUCCAAAUACUGUGUGGGAAGGAAGAAGCUGAGGUUGAUGCUGGUGCUAGUGUCUGCUCCUUGCUUCUAGCCCAGUCUGAGGUUAGGCCUGAGUGUUUGCUGAUGGUCUUGGCCAAUAGCACAGAACUUUCCAGCAAACUCCAGCUUAUGGAAAAGCGCCAGUCUGACUUGAGAAAGCUGGGGAUCCAAAGUGUCAAUAAACAAGAUAUUGGGAACCACCAGAGCUAUUCCCGAAAGACUCUGAUUGCAUUGGUCACCUCGGGAGUCCUGCUGGCCAUCUUGGGCACCACUGGCUAUUUCCUGAUGAACCGUCGCAGCUGGAGCCCCACAGGAGAAAGGCUGGGUGAAGACCCUUAUUACACGGAGAAUGGUGGAGGCCAGGGCUAUAGCUCAGGACCUGGGGACUUCCCUGAAACUCAGGGAAAGGCCAAUGUGACCCGAGGGGCUCAGGAGAACGGGACCGGCCAGGCCACUUCCAGAAAUGGCCAUUCAACAAGACAACAUGUGGUGGCUGACACAGAACUGUGACUUGGCUGGGUGGGCAAAACUGGGUGGUAUCCAGAAAAGUGAGAUCUCUGCCUCUGAUCUCAUGCUGCCUUCAGCUCAUGUCCUACUUUCUCCCACUACACACACUUUAAAGACUGUUCCUGGGACUGUUCACCUUUGCAGAGGCAGAUAAACUGCCCUUUGCACAUUCAGCAACUAUAUCCAAACUCUGACCUUUGGGUCAAGUAGUGGUGGGAAAAAGCCAAAGGCUAGAGGAGCUGCCAAGAAGGUUGGUGGCUAUGUAGCACUUGCCUUGGACCCUUUUCUCCUCCUCUCUUGCCUCUUCACAGGAACUCUUGGGAAGACUAGUUUUUCUCAGAUACAACUUCCUCCUAGGAAAGAGUAAAUGUUUCUUCUUUCUGUUUUCUUUCCCUACUUUAGGGAAGCCAAGGUAAUCACUGACAUGUGCUCCCUUGUAAGGAUACAGCCAGAACACUGCUACUUUAAAAUACAUUCCUUAUACCUCUUUUAGUCACUAAUUUCUCUCUUGCUUAACUGUUCCUCUGUCCACAGAGGCCAGAACAACUUUGUCUGGAACCUGGUAUUGAGCUCCAUGUUUUAGAGAAACAGCUCAACCUAGUCUCUUGAGGUAACACAGAAAUUCUCACUAGUUCAAUGUAGACAGGACAGUGGAACUAGGCUUUGAACUGUGCCUCUGUUUUUUGUUUUAAUUUGUUGCUGGGGAUUGAAACCAGAGCUUCACACAUGUUAAGCAAGUGCUCUACCAUUGAGCCCAGCCCUCCUCCCUCUUUUUAUUUAGAGACAAGGUCUCAUGUAGGUGGUCAGACUUUCUUUGAACUAUGUAGUCCAGGCAGGCCUUAAAUUCAAACUCUUGCUUUAGGCUUCCAAGUAGCUUGGAUUACAGGCUUGAGCUACCAGGCCCAGCUGAGCUAAAACCCUCAUGUCCUGAGCUUUUCAGAGGAAUCCCCUUGCUUUAAGGCCUGUGGCCUUCUCUAAACUCUAUGACUUCCCCUCCCUCUGACUCCUGGGGGAGCUGUGGCCUCAGUCCCCUGGCAGACUCUUUUCUGUGUGUCUUUUCUAGCCCCAACCCCUUCACUGCUUUAUAUCCCUUUGUGGUCAGAGCUUCAGGAUGCCUACAAAGACUACAAGCUCCUCUCCUGGGGUUGACCCAGGAGCCUUUCUCUUAUUUUUCCAAAGGGGAGAACAGGGAUCCUGAUUUCAAUGAUGGUUAGAAACAGAACUUUCCAUAGAUGAGAGGAUUGAGUGGAUUUUUCUGAAUAAACAGUAAUGAGUAAGAAUGAUGUAAUUAAAGUGAUGAUGAAAUCUG